AUGAUUCGUCCCAAUGUCGACUAUCACAUCAAACAUUUGGAUAUACGUCCUCCUCCUUCAUCAGGUAACUCAAUCUUCAUCAACGUCGAUACAUUAUCCGAUGGCGACAUUCAACUUGUCCCAAGUGUUCUCAUCCACAUCAGUCUCCCUUACAUCCGAGACCUUAUCCAAGGUCAACUCACCAGACGCGAGAGAUCUCUACGGCCGCAACCCAACUUGGGUUUAGCCCCAGUGAGCUUCUUCAAGAUCCACCCGUUACCCACCGUUGGUUAUGGCCGUAACGGUUUUUGUUUGUCCAUCGUUGUCAAGAUCAUUACUCAAUCCCCAUUCAAGUACGAGGUGUUGUCGAGGAUGGUUCAGCAAGGGAAGACGAACACAGAGGAGUUAAAGAGUUCUCAGAUGGAAACAGAGUCGUGUUCGAUCUGUCUCGACAAUCUCGUGUCCGAUGAUGGUUCGAGUUCGAAACGUGGUGUUCCUACACGUAUUACAUCUUCCCAUGUCUUCCACCAUGGUGGUGCAAGAAAAGGAGAGAGAUGCCACGUCGACAUAACACGUCAGCAGAUGAGAUUAUGUAACAAGCUUAGAUGGAAUUAUCGAUAA